AUGGAUUAUUCUGUGCUAAAAACGCUGGCGAAAGAAGUCGGCAUGUCUGUACCGUCCGAUGCUUUUAGAAAAACUAGUUUUGGAAGUUCAUCGUCAACACCUACAAAAGAGAGAUUUAGUAAAUGCUCAAAUUGUGGUGGACCACGCACACCAUUUGGAUGGUGUAAACCUUGCGAUACAAAGAAAUUAAAAGAAAAUUUUGGAAAUUGGACGAGUGGUAAUGAUGACCUUGACAAUUUUAUUAGGGAAACUCAAAUGAAUGCCAGUACACCAUAUGAUUAUAUGAAAUGGAUCCCAUUUGAAAACUUUUCUGAUUUAAAAUUUGUCGCGAAGGGAGGGUUCGGAUCUGUUUUCUCUGCUCAAUCUAAUGGUUUGGGAAAAGUUGCACUCAAAUUUCUGGAUAAUUCCGAAAACUUGACUAAAGAUUUUCUAAAUGAGCUUAGGGCUCAUCAUCGAUGUAGUCUCGUUAGUAAUGGAAUAGUUGAUUGUUUUGGUGUCAGUAAAGAUCCGAAAACGAAUAGAUAUGUAAUGGUACUGCGAUAUGCUGAACAAAGGGAUCUACGUCUUUACCUUACUCAAUAUUUUGCAGAAUUGUCGUGGGAUAGGAAAAUUGAAUUAUUUGACCUUAUUGCGAAAGGACUUCAGGAAAUUCAUAGUCAUGGAUAUGUCCAUCGUGAUUUUCACAGAGCUCAUGAUUACUCAUUAGCUCGUGAUAUCUGUCUUGGUUUAAGGCCCCCUAUCAUUUCCGGAACGCCUAAAGGCUACGUUGCCGCAAUGCUUCGUUGUUGGGAUGCUGAACCAUCUAAACGACCAACUAUUGAAGAACUGUUGAAUGCAUCAUUUAAAUGGCGCUAUUUAUCAGAUGGAAAUGCGCCUUUUCAAGGACCUAAAACUAAAAAAGUGCCGACAGGAAACAUUUCCAGGCCAACUACUACCUGUUCUAACGCCUCACAUCCUCAGGCCUUCUAUACUAGUCGAUUACUUCAUUUCCCAAAUCUUCCAGAACCUAAAAAUUUAGACUAUUACACACUUUUUGAUUCAACAACUGGUGAAAUACAUAAGAUUGUUAGAAAAAAUACUUCUAAAAAAGAAUCCAUCAGAUCUUCUAAUCCUCCGAUGAAAGAAUAUUCACGCCAAAUCACUGCUGACAAAGACAAUGAGGUGGCCAAAGAACCUCGUUCCAGUACCAGUCUAACUAGAAGUAUAACUAUUGGUAGAAUGGUGGAUCAAAGCACAAUCGACAAGAUAAGAGCUGAACGUAGAAGAUUAUCUAAAUAUCGAUCGACCUAUCUGGAAGAUAUCCCUAAUCAAGUCGAACUUUCCACCGUCACUAAUAAAUUAGAUAAAUUACAGCUCAAGAAAAAUUAA